AUGUACACACAGAACAAUCCCAAUAGUCUUCUAUCACUUUUUGCUGACGUUUUGGUCUCUUUAUCUUUUGAUUCUUUGAAUCCAUUUCUGAGCGCUACUUCAGACAAAGACAGCCAUCUUAAAAACUUCAGAGUGAUGAGAAAAACCUUCUCGCACAUCGAGCAAAGUCGAGGAAUGUUUCAUAGAAAAAAAACAUUUGUAGGUUUUGAACAUAAUAAUAAACAUUUGAAGUGUUCUGAAACAUUUUUGUUCGUAUCAGUCAGAUUAGGAGUAAUAAUUACGAGUUCUAUGGUAAUUUUGCAAGAAUUGGGAGUUUUUACUUAUUAUUUCAUUAAUGAGCCUGAAGAUUUUGAAGAAAUUGCGAAAAAUAUUCAACAAAAAGACGAUGACACUGCUUCAAAUCCUACAGAAGUUCGACUCGUAGGUUUAGGCUUUAGUGGACUUUUGAUUGUUGCUUCAAUAAUGAACAUUAUUGCGUCGCUGAAAAUUUGGAAAUGGCUCUCAAUUCCUUUCAUUAUUCUUCAAUUUAUUCGUCUUAUAACUCUUCUUGGAUAUCAUAUUAUGUUGAUGAUGAUUUUAAAGAAACAACUCAACCUUGGAGUUUUAAUUGUUGCAUGUUGUGCGGGAGGAUUUUUGAUAUUAUUUCUCGGUUACUUAUGGGCAUGUUCGUUGGCGUUUUUCGAAAUUGUUGGAAUUGUCAACAGCAAAGAAUAUCAAAGUUUAGUUUUACCUUCAUCAUCAACACCUGCAACUGCAAAGAUUCAAAGGAACUUCAACGUUAAAAAAACUUCUAACAUAAAGCCAUUCAACAAUAACAUCAAGAAUGAAAGAGUUGUAAGUAUGGGAAUGUUCUUAAAUGACUUCUCAGAGUUCAAUAAAAGACCAAGGUUUGCUUAUUGA